ACUAGUCGAAAGUUUUUACCCAACCAAACCCAGUUGGUAGAUAUCGCAGCCUGAUCGAGGCUAGUCUUUGGUCGCAUGCCGCAGUCCUUCCUCGUCUGGGCCGCAGUCGAAAAGUCGACUUGACCGAUUCCCGGUUCACCGAUCAGUGCCGAUUUUUUCGCGUCUGUCGCAGGUAUUCGCAAUCAGUGAAAAUCACCGUUCGCCGACUUUCGACGGAAUAUCGACGACGGUGAAUAUUCUCGAUCGAGUCAGUUUUUGUGUAUGUGAUUAAUGAUUGUACGCUGAUCAGUGCCGUCGACGAUAGGAACUUAAUUGGAAUUGGAAUUUAAUUUUUCACGGACACUUCCUGGGAAUUUGAUCAAGAGAUGUUCCCGCAAAAACGAGCUUGAAAUCUCAAGACCAGAGCGGGUCAAAAUGUUGGCCGCACGGUGCGUCAUCUUCUGGCAAACCCGACUAGCAGCUUUUCUCCUCUUCGUGACAUUUGCUGGUGGGGCUUCAGGAUGUCAAUUUUACCCCGCUGGGGAAUACCAGAAGUUCGUCAGGCUGCCGGGGAAUUUGCCAAGGGAGCACGAAGUUCUCACUUUGGAAGUUCAUCCCAGGAAGCAUCUUGCCAUAAUGCCGGUUGACAAGGAAAAAGAUGCGAGAUAUUUCUCUUACAAGGAACUGAACGCAACGCACGUGGCCAUAAUUCUCGCCCGUUCAUUGGAGGACCAGCAAGAGGGAGAAACACCACGAAACGUGCUGAAAUUUCGCGUCGUCUGCAACGCCAUGGGGGCGGGAAAUUCACAGAUAUCAGCACACUUGUCGGUUACCGUUUUUGUCGAAGACGUUAACAGCCAUUCUCCAAGUUUCGUGGACGCUCCUUAUCACGUCACGAUCGACGAACUGACUCCGAUCGGUCGGACGAUAUUCCGAGGAAUUCACGCGAUUGACAGGGACAAGCUCAACACCCAGAACAGCGAUGUUCACUAUACGAUCGUGCGGGGCAACGAAGAAGGAAAAUUUGCUCUUGCUUCCGGUCACAGGGCCGAACUCGUCCUGACAAAACAGCUGGACUACGAUGCUGGUGACAGGGAAUUCAUUCUCACUAUUAUGGCAUCGGACCGAGGGAUACCCAGUAGAACCAGCAAUACCACAGUCACCGUCCUUGUUUCAGAUAGCGACGAUUUAAAUCCAAGGUUUACCCAAGACGUUUAUAGGACUCAGAUAUACGAGUUUUAUCCAAUGUUGGACCGGCCGAUCCACCUGGAGCUGAAUUUCACGCCGCCAAUCCUGGCGCUAGAUCAGGAUCGAGACAUCAACGCCCGUAUCCGCUACGACUUGACGGCGGGAAAUGAGCGGGGUUUCUUCUAUCUGAACCCGGACAACGGUUCGCUGUUCCUGGAACGAGAGAUCGACCUUGACGCGGAGCGAAGCUUGCCUGGAAACACGUUCGCGAUGCAGAUUCAAGCUUCGCAAAUGGACAACCCGCUGCGAACGACGCUGGCGCGAGUCGAGGUCGAGGUUCUUGAUCUUAACGACAACCUGCCGGAGUUCGAGCUCGAGUCCUACAACAUCAGCAUCCUCGAGAACCUCCCCAACGGGUUGAGCGUCCUCCAAGUCGUCGCCGUCGACCGGGACCAGGGUGAGAACGCGGACUUUGACUACGUCCUUGAAGACUCUUCAGGCGCCUUUGCCCUCGAAGCCAAAUCCGGAUGGCUGACGGUACGCGAUCAGAGUCACCUGGACCGGGAGCAACAGAGCUCCCUCAAGGUGAAGGUGUUCGCGCGCGAACGGCGUCCAAGCGUCGUUAAGAAGUCGGGCAGUUCUUCAUUCGUCACGGUCGAAGUCACCCUGCUUGACGCCAACGACAACAAUCCGACCUUCGUGCCUGGUAACCUGUACGAGUUCAUGCUGCCGAGUGACUCUCCGCCUGGAACCGUCGUCGGCCAGGUUCAGGCACUCGACAUCGACCUGGACACGAACGGAAUGGUUCUCUAUCAUCUCCAGCAGCAGGGAAACGCUUCGGCUCGCACGCCGUUCAGUGUCGACGCUCGUACAGGAGUAAUUUCCGUCGCUGAAAGUCCUGUGAUCGAAGGACGGCAUGCGAUCUUUGUAGAGGCGGUGGAUCAGCCCACGAAUCCUAGCGAAAGGCGGUCCUCGUUGGCGGUCGUCACCGUGGAAGCCUUCCGCUCUGGAGGGCGAAAUCUUGGGGAGCCCGAUUUUAUCGGAGCACCUUACGAGUUUUGGGUCGGCGCAAAUGUUGGAAUCGGUACCAGCGUUGGACAAAUUCGAGUGAACGAAGCUGUGCCCAAGGAUGAUCUGAUUUACGAUCUUCUGCACAGCUACUACGAAGGAGUGCCAUUCGCGGUGGAGGAACGAUCGGGGACGAUAACAGUGAUCGAUGAGAUCGAGAAAUACGACAGAUCGUUGUUUGACUUUGAAGCUCAGGUUACGGACGAGCGGGACUUAAUGAUCGUAACAAACGUCUCCAUCCACGUAGUGGACCCCGGGGACGAGAGGGGAAUAUUUACGCAAAGGACGGCCGGAAUGCCGCUUGUCUUUCGCGUUAAGGAGAAUAUGCCCGGCGCCUUCAUCGGUCAAGUGUUGCCGAAUAAUGGCACCAAUUCGACCCGCAAUAUCCGCUUCCUAAUCGCGAAUCAGCAGGACGUACCGGGCAUCGCCAUUACCGCUGAAGGUACUCUCUACACGCCAAAAGGUCUGGAUCGAGAAACGCGGGAAAAUUACAGCAUCACUGUAAUUGCUGACAACGUCAGAGGCGUUGGAAUAUUUCAGGUGACCGUAAUCGUCGAAGACGAGAACGACAACGCGCCAAUGUUCGAGAUUCCGAUCUACGAGGGUCGUAUUCAAGAGAACAGUCCAGUGGGCACAGAAGUGGCAUUGAUGAGGCGAAUUAUGGCACGGGAUCCGGACGACGGUGGUAACCAGAACUUUGCGAUAACUGUUCACGGGGAAGGGAGUGACUUGUUCACGAUUGAUCAGGUCUCGGGACGCGUGUUCUUCAAGGGAAAUGCCGAGGGCUUGCUGGACCGGGAGGUCAAGCCGUUUUACAAUCUAAGCCUGGUGGCGAGAGAUAAGGCCAACCUGCAUUCCGAGGCCCAACUUAUGGUCACUGUAACCGAUGAGAACGACAACGCGCCGAACUUCACUCAGAUGGUGAUACUCCCCGAUCUGGGAAUUGAGGUCGCCAAUCAAUCGACGAAGGAUCAUCUUGUCGCUGGAAAACGCGGGUCUGGUUCCAACGGAGAAGACGACGAAGCGCCCCUUCUUGCGAUACCGGAGAACGUGACUCUCGGAACGCCGAUAAUCCGUCUGGUAGCUUCGGACAAGGACGAGGGUACGAACGGCGAGGUUACCUACGCCAUAGUGAACGAGACCUUCGGGGAAAACCGAUUCCGUCGAACGCCGAAGGCCCAUUUCGUUAUAAGCACUGGUACCGGUGAAGUGUCGGUAUCCCAAGCGCUUCCGGCUGGGCGUGAGAUCGUCCUGGCAAUCAUCGCCGUCGACGGUGGUGGACUCUUCGACAACGUAACACUCAGGUUCUUCAUCACCGACGUCAACAACCACUCCCCGGUCUUCAGGAAGUCCUGGUACCUCUUCAACGUCCCCGAAGGCUCGUACCAAGACCACGCCAUCGGGACCGUCGAGGCGGAUGACGCGGAUCAUGGCAGAAACGCCGUUGUGUCCUACGCCCUGGUCCCCGGUCCACAGCAGGUGCCCUUCUUCAUUUCCGAGCAAACCGGGGUCCUCAGGGUGACCGGAGUGCUGGACCGCGAGUCGCUCGACAUGUACGAGUUCAAUGUGACGGCCAGCGACCGCGGUACCGAGCAGUUGACAACCACGGUUUUGGUCCAGGUAAACGUCCUUGACGUCAACGACAAUCCUCCGCUCUUCUGGGGCUUCGAGGACGUCUGGAAGCGCAGAGGUGACCAGCAUCCGAUCCCGGUCUACCGUACCUCGGUGCCGGAGAACAGCCCGGUCGGAACGGUAAUCGCGAAGCUCCACGCGAACGAUUCAGACCUGGUCGGAAACGGGAACGGAUUGGUUCUGUUCGACAUUCCUCACCGGCAGAACGUCAGUCGAUACUUCAGCAUAGACGGGAAGGAAGGCCUCGUAAAGACCAUUGUUCAGCUCGACUACGAGGCUCAGGGUCUUCACAACGUGACCGUGACGGCGAGUGAUCUCGGAUCGCCGAGUUUGACAUCUACCGCGAUGCUUGUUGUCAACGUCGUCGAUCCGGAAGACGGCCAAGAGUUGAGGCGCCCCGUCUUCCAGCACCGGUACUACGAGGUAGAAGUUCUGGAGAACUAUCCCGUUCCUUUCAGGCUCGUACAGCUCAACGUGUCCGACUCGUUCCGCCAGCAACACGUCCGCUACACUCUCGCGUCGACGGAAUCGGAGAUCAAGGAUCGCUUCACCAUCGACCCUCAAAACGGCACCCUUCUCCUCAUUUCGCCCCUCGAUCGAGAGAGCAGAGAGCUUUAUGAAAUGAAGGUCAGGGUGGACAGGGUUAAGAAUGGACGCGCCAUGCCGGCGAUGAUUUAUCCCGUGGUAGGCGACAGGCUUAACGGGCUUGAGUUUAACGAAGCUAAGAUCGUCGUCAGGGUUAAGGACGUAAACGAUAACGCGCCUCGCUUCAAGUCCGACGGACGUCCGAUGGUCGCGGCUAUUCCGACGACUGCGCAUUACGGAUACGAAAUUAUAAGGGUUGAGGCAGAGGAUCCGGACGAGGGAACAAACGCAGAUAUACGGUACCAGAUUAUUGGCCGAGAGGACGCGCCAAGAUUUGCCAUUGACCCACUCAGUGGUCAAGUCCGUUCGGUUGGUAGUUUUUCACGAGACGCCGGCCGCGUCUUUGGCUUCGAUGUCAAGGCCACGGACAGAGCUGGUGCAGACGAUGGCCGCAGCAGCAUAGCCAACGUUUUUGUCUACGUUCUGGAUGAUCACAAACAGGUCGUUAUGGUUAUGGGUGACAGACCAAGCGACAUCGAGAGACAAAUCGAAAAUAUCACUUCGGUACUGCGCAACGUGACAGGGCUGGAUGUGAGAGUGAGAAAACUUGAACCCCAUAUUGAGAAGAAUUUGAUCGAUGCCGGCUCAACCGACAUGUAUUUAUACGCUGUCGAUCCACAUCUCAACGUCAUGAUAGACAUGGACACCCUCCACAACGUAUUCCACAACAAGAAGUCGGAGAUAAAACGGGAACUUGAAAAGUACCACGUGCUUGAAAUAGCCGGAAACACUCCGAAAAAGACGAAUCAAAGGUACCUCCUGUCGACUCUUGAAGUGGGAGUCGUAGUUCUAGGAUGCGUAGUCUUCGUCGGCGCCUUGGUCACGGCACUCUGCGUUACGUGCGUACGGAGAAACAAACGCCGACAGCAGCGGGAGGCCGCGAUAUUUGCGGCUGGAGCUCCGGUCGGCUUCGCUCUUGCCGAUCCAAACGGCACCCUGCAGAAGCCAGGAAUGUUCCCCACCUUCGUCGACGGCCUUCAUCACUACGAGCCGGAAUCAUUCGAGAGGGAUGUCAGGCACCAGGGUGUCUACGAGCAUGAACCAAGCUGCGUGAGAUUUCACAGAUCGAGCAACGCAAAGCACACGGGAAGAACGGCUCCCGGGGGAUUGUCAGGUCUGACGGGAAUGACGGGAUUGGAGGUUUCGGCAGCCUCGCUCCACUCCAGCGGCCACGAUUCAGGGAUCGUAGCGAGGACAUGCCACUGCAGUCAUUCCUCGAGUCCUUCAAGUGGUGAAAGCAGCAAGUCAGUCUUUUACAGGAUCUCUAAAAACGGUUACGAAGAUUCGUUGAAGUCGCUGAAUCGUCGAGACAGUGGAAACGAGAUAUCCCACGGGCAGGAGAUGAGCACGGUGGUCAGACGCGCGAAUUUACCGUCGUCUAGGAGGCGUCACCGUUUCCACUCGUCCGCAGGAAACGGGCCGACCUCGUCAGGCUCGAAUUUCGCGUCGGAGAGCGCUUUCAAGAGGUCAAAGAGGCGCUCGGAUCCGGACUCGCUGCCCUCGGAGGCGGAGAACAACAUCACGGAGACCGUGAUCCACGAGCACCCGAGUACGGAGGGCCUGAUACCCUCGAUCUCGGGGGCGAACGCGUCGACGCUCCACGGCAAGUCCCAAAACGUCGUAAUAUCGACGCCAGCCGCCGCGGCGCUGACGAGGCGUCAGAGCGAAAGGUUCAACGUCAUGUACGCGAGACCGAGAUAAGUUAUUCUCCGAUUGAAGACUCCCGACGUUGAUCUGGGUUCAGUGAAUUGUGCAACAUCGUGAGUAUCGUCAUCGUGUGUGGAUGAAUUGGGAUUUUGAUGGGACUCAGGCGGAGGUAUUUGUCCCAAGUACCAGGCUAACUGGGACUUAUGCACUACGGUUUGGUUUCUGGUUUUUUCGUUUUCGUUUUGAAAAAAAUUAUUUCUUCGAAUCCUCAAUUUUUUUUUCUCGCAUAGAAAGUUCCGGGGGAAAAAAAAUCGUUCAUUCUUACAUUAAGAGCUCGUUUUAAGACUGUAAAAAAACUUGUAUCAAGAAUCGUACGUUGCAUGGCAAUUUUCUCCCCGCAACUUGCCGAUGCAAUGUUUGUUAUUGAUAUUUAAUAAUAUUGGAUACGCGAACGAGAGAAAAAAUUUAAAAAAUUGAAACGGAUACCGUUAUGGAAAAAAAAACAAAUACAGAAAUACAAA